AUGUCCGCCGCUCAGCAAGGUUUUUCGAAGGGCCAAGUUUACCGCGCAACAUCAUACUCACAUCUCGGCCGGCGCGAUAUCGCAAAGCUGACCGCCAUACUACGAGAUAGUCCACUUCCUUGCGACGACAUCAAUUCCGAAAAGACGCAGAAAUACAUCAGGCGGGUCAAGAAAGCUACACAAGCCCUUCCGCCGCAUUUACUGCGUAAUAGCGUCGCAUUGAAGAUCAGCAACAUAUUCAUGAAGAAUGGCGAUCUAAGUAGAGCAGGGCUUUGCCACAAUUUGCACGAGAAGCUUCCCGCGAAGCUUGUUCAAAGCAUAUUUUCUUGGAUUAGACAUGAGAUUGAAGAGGGCAUUCCGCGCUUCUUCCACAUUCUGUACUUCCAUAAUGCGCUGACUCCUGAACAAGAGAAGUUUGUUCGCUACCUUGAGUUGAUCCCCGAGAUGUGGCAAAAUGACUACGAUGCUCGAAAGACGGCUCCACCCAAUAGGGAACCAAUCUACUCGCAGGUUGAACAGAACGGGAUCGUCCUAAGCCGAUGGGCUAAGGGACAACACCAAUGCCCAGCAUGUAUGCUAGCACGAAUUGGCGGCAGCUAUCGAGCUUGCUAUGGCCUCUUGUUAGGCAUACUCGCUCGAUGGUCAACCGCAAAGACCAAAGCGGAUACGAGCCGCAGACUUCAAUGGGUGGAGCGCUGGGUCCACCAAUUCCAGCCAGGUGCCGAUCGAUUCGCAUGGCCAGAGGCUCAAAAAUUGAAGGAAAUUUGGAAAGAUGUGGCACGCCAGAUCAGAGAUGGGGAGUUUGAAGACCCAUUGAAGCGCUCUCCAACCUUCUCCGUUGAAUCAACGGCGUUUGUUGGUCGUCCUCCAACAGUAUCCUCCAAUGCGACCGCUCCUGUCGAUGUCACAGAGCCGUACCAUCCUGACGGAGGAUUCCCUAGUAACCGAGAGAAUCCCUUUAAAAGCCCGUUCGAAAGCCCGCCUACUUCGCCACGACAUAGCAACAGCGAACGCGAGCUUGUUGACGAUCAAAGUGAAUAUGAGUACCACGAAGACCCCGACAAGGACGGACAGGUCAGCGCAACUGUUAAUCCAUGGGAUCUCACAAAUCUCCCACACCCUGCGGCAUCCUCCAUCUACUCCCAGGCAGGCGCAUCCCCAGCUUCAAUACCACAAGGAAAUGCUGCGGCCUAUGCUGCAGACUACGCUUCAUCUCUAGGCAAUGUGCUCGAAGACGAGCCACAAGAAGGAGUUGCGCCGCCGGCGACUGAACCACUGUUCGCACGCGAUGCCUGGAUCAACUACAACAACAGCGAACAAGUCGACAACGGAGACGGAGCUGCAGAUAAAUCGUCAGGUCAGGCGGUUGCGGGCGUAACGCCCUAUAAAAGCAUUUUCGAAAACACCGUGGAGCGGUCUCAGAGCUCGAGGCGUCCAGAACGGCAACCUGCCGCUACGCCACGAUCGCCACUGAUUCGUAACACCAGUGUCCGCCGUCAAGACAAUCAUACCGGCACGCCAGGCUAUCCGGCUCCAGUCAACCAAAACCCCUACGAAUUCCAGCCCUCCCCGGUUUCUUCCCGUGCCGCUUCCCCAGUAACAGUGCCAGGGAGACCCUAUAGCGUCAGCCCGCUCAGCUCUUCACGCCCGCCUAGCCCUCCACGCGAGCAACGCGACCCUCGAUUCAACGAUCCCAACUGGAUUCAAAACGGUAUCCGAAGUCGGCCCUUGAGUACCGCGUCUACGGCUUGGGAGAAGUUCUACGAUGACCCCAGGGAAAUAAUGGCUAAGCGAGAGCGAGAGAAAGCGAAAGUGCCCCCGCUCCCGCCGGUACCGAGGAUGCUGCAGAAUCCUUUCUCCUUCUCGUUCAAUAGGAAGGGGAAGAAGAAAGACAAGGAUAAGGAAGACAAAGAUAGGUCGUAAGGGACCUACUCUUGAACCACGAGCUAGAUGAGUCGCGAUAACUGUCUAGUCAUGAAUGAUUGCGGUUUGCGUUUGCUAAUUUUUUAGAAUACUUACGUUGAAUAGUGCGGCUUUGUUGGCGCGUUGUUUGGCAAUGAAAAUGGAGCUCUUUUCUCUGGAAUUUCAAGGUACGUGGUUUCGUGAUGGUGAUCAUUGAUUUUGUAGACCUUACGGAGAAAUCCCAAACCGUAACCACCGGUUUAGCACCCAGCUCACGUGUCCUAACUCUCUAACGUCCAUCCCUGCGUGGCGAAACACACCCCGUGACGAAACAAAAGACGGGUAACGUAGGUGGCAAGCGAGCUGCGCACCCUUCAACCUUUUACGACGCGAUACCUCGUAACUACAAUGGCUCCACCAAAUAAAAAUUGUUUGCC